CAGCCCUCGUUCCUUAGCAUGGAGAGCCAGAGAGUGCUGUCGUCCUACAGGAAGCGUUUCGGGGUCCAGGGGACCAGCCCUGGGGGGCGCAUCAGCAUGUCCUCCAGCCGCUACACGUUCCACAGCACCCCCCGGGUCUCACGCCUCUCCGCGGGUGCCUUCGUGCUGGCCACCGGGGCCCCCGACAGGCUGGACUUCUCGGCCGACUCGCUGCUGAAGGCGCAGUACCGCGAGACGCGCACCAAUGAGAAGGUGGAGAUGAUGGGGCUGAACGACCGCUUCGCCAGCUACAUCGAGAAGGUGCGCUUCCUGGAGCAGCAGAACAAGGUGCUGGUGGCUGAGCUUAACCAGCUGAGGGGCAAGGAGCCCACCCGCCUGGGCGACAUCUACCAGGAGGAGCUCCGCGAACUCCGCGGUCAGGUGGACGGGCUCAGCACAGGCAAGGCCCGUCUGGAGAUCGAGAGGGACAACCUGGCUGCAGACCUGGCCCUGCUCAAGCAGAAACUUCAGGAUGAGAUCAACCUGCGCCUGGAUGCUGAAAACAACCUCAACAGCUUUCGACAGGAUGUAGAUGAGGCAGCGAUGAAUCGUGUCCAGUUGGAGAGGAAGAUUGACAGCCUUCAGGACGAGAUCAACUUCCUGAAGAAGAUCCAUGACGAGGAGCUGCGUGAGCUCCAGGAGCAGCUCAUGGCCCAGCAGGUGCAUGUGGACAUGGACGUGUCCAAACCCGACCUGACGGCGGCCCUUAAAGAUAUCCGGGUCCAGUACGAGGCCGUGGCUGUCUCUAAUAUGCACGAGACAGAGGAACUGUACCGAUCUAAGUUUGCAGAUUUAACUGAUGCGGCCAAUCGUAAUGGAGAAGCUCUGAGACUGGCAAAGCAGGAAGCGAAUGAGUAUCGCAGGCAGGUCCAAGUCCUGACCUGUGAUCUGGAAGCCCUCCGUGGAACUAAUGAGUCCCUGGAGCGGCAGCUGCGCGAGAUGGAGGACCGCUUCGCUAUGGAGACAGCCGGCUACCAUGACAACGUGGGACGUCUGGAGGAGGAGAGCCAGGCCCUGAAGGAGGAGAUGGCGCGCCACCUGCAGGAAUACCAGGACCUUCUGAACGUCAAGCUCGCCCUGGACGUGGAGAUCGCCACCUACCGCAAGCUGCUGGAGGGAGAGGAGAGCCGCAUCACUGUCCCAGUACAGAGCUUCUCCAAUCUCCAGAUCAGAGAAUCCAGUAUGGACACCAAGCUGUCCCCUGAAGCCCUGGUCAAGAGGAGCAUUCUGGUGCGAACUGUAGAGACCAGAGAUGGGGAGAUCAUUAAGGAGUCCAUGGCGGAGAGGAAGGACAUGCCCUGAUUCCUGGAGCACGGCGCGUGCCGCAGCUAACCCUCAGACGCUUCCCCGUAACACCAGACUGCUGUGACCUUCGCUGACCCGCUCCAUCCCACCAAUCAUUCUGUCCGCUGAUCUUCCUCCUCACCUGGGACCUUGAUGAUAUCUCCACAUCACGCACCCCUAACCUUCAUCAAAUUAGCCCCCAUUUGGCACAGACACAGAUGUGCACACACAGUUACGGGCACACACAAAAACCGAAUUUUCCGGAAUACCCCACAGCACAGCAUUAAUGGGGGAGGUUUAUGUGAGGGCAGUGAGACUCAAUUCCUGGGGGCAGCAUGGCGAGGCAAGAAGGGCUUCGUGUUGAGCUGCCCCACUUCAGCAGGUGGCGAGUCGGAUGGUGGCGAUGGAUGGUUCAGCCCAUGCUGGGGAUAGGAUGUAAUAGGAUUUUUUUACUUAAUAAGCAGUGAGACAGGAACGGUGCCCAAACAAACCUCCGGCACCGACGGAGACUGGCAUUAAACUUUGUAACCUGCACGUGUUUGUCAGUAGGUUGAAGUAGGGCUCAGGUAGGUGUUACUCCCUCACAGUUCACUUCCUAUCUAUUCUACCACUUUGUAGGAUGAAAGGUGUAAUUGAGUUUUGCUUGGUCCCAGGUCUUCACCCAUUCCACCGGAAAAAUCCCCUUCUCCAAAAACCCAGCUGUCACCCCUCAAUCUUCUCCAUCAUUGCAUCCCCUUCUUCCUCUUUCAGGCAGGUCAGGUCAUUCUGUUUCUCUGUUCUCUGUCUCUGUGUGUCUUUUUCGUCUCUGAGAAAAACUCACUUGGGAGAGGGCGGAGUGAUUUGUCUUGUGGAGAGCAGUAAACCCAUGCUAUUAACAUCUAUACAGUGGCAGCUCAGGAGCCUGGCGUAGGAGGAUGGGAAUUAUGGAGCUGUGCUGACUAACAGAACUUUAAAUGUAAGGGUGAUGCCCCUGAUGCCGACACCCCCUUUCCAGGCUUCCUAGCCUCUGGGUGAGUGCACAGUAGGUCCUUAAAAAGACUGUCCUCACACUGACGCAAACAUUUUGAAGGCAUCAGAGAUAGGGGAAUUCCUAGUAACAGGGCUCACGAGAGAGAAAUUUUCCAAGGAAGUGAAUGGUCGGGACAGUCCUGACGAGGGACGGCCUGGUUCCUUUGCAGGCGUGGUGUGUGCUGAACAUGGGUGUUUAUGUUCACAGGGAUUACAGUCCAAGCACCAGUCCAGCCCUGAGCUAAUGACUGAGCUCACUCAGGCCCAUUAGUGCUGAGAGUGCCGAGGUAGCAUGCUGUUCCAUCACACAGGAGUGCAGUACGUCAUCCUGCAGCAGGGUGCUCAGUGGAGGUUGAUCUUGGUUUGGCAGGCGCUAUGAACCUCCACCUCCGGUGCACCUCACGGAAAGUCAGAAAAAGAUAAAUAAGGGCUGAGCCACAUAUAGUUUCUCUUCACUGAUUAUACGUAGGAUGUUUUUCUGCCUGAAGUUAGCUUUGUACUUUUUUUAAAGCUAAUCACACCUUCUGAGAUGACUGUUUCUCUUUCUCUUAUUUCCUCGACCUCAACCGUUCUGGCGUCACAUCCCCUUCUGCAAUUCACUCAGUCACAGCAAUCUGACCCAGUGCCUUUACCCAACUCUAGGUUAUUUUAGACUUCUGCACCUUCUAGCAAAGUCCAACAGAAUCCAACUAAUGUGUUUUAAAAACAGUAACAAACAGACCAUUAUACCAUUCUUAUUCUUAGGUGUGACAGCAUUAUAACCAAUUAAACACAAUAAAGCAACAUGAUGCAAUUGA